AUGUCUCAAGCACAAGCAGGGUCAUCUACGCAGCCUAACAUAGACUCACAUAUCUGUCAGAGAUGUCAUCAACCGCUACUCCUCGACCCUUCAAUCCAGAAUCUCACUUCAUCGCAAUACAACCUCAUCACUUCCGCUCUUCCUUCGACACCAUCUCCAUCUCACAUACCACCUUCAAGCAAAUUGUUAUCUUUACCACCCGCUUCCCAAUCUAGUGCAAAAGUAUGGGCAGAACAAAACUCCCUAAGUAUCCCUCGAAAUGCUAAUGUAGGAGAAUCAUUCAUCCUAUUAUCUGAAUCAUCUUUACUCCAACCUACACCAACAUCAGCAUCGGGCUCAUCGAGUAAACCACCAUUACCACCUCAAAAUAUCAAUCUGAUCUCUGAAUUGCAUUCCAUCCUUUCCAGCCGGACUGCCAUCUCCCAUCCGCUCUGUACGGAAUGUACAGCAUUGCUCACUACGGAAUUUCAGAAGCUUGCUGAAGAGCUCACGAGGGAGAGAGAUGCUUAUAUAAGGUUUGAAAAGGAUGUUCAGAUGAAUAGAGAGAGGUUGACUCACUCGUCUUCUUCGUCCAGGAAUAAGAGUAAGAUCAAGGGUGAAGAUCCAGGUGGACUGGGUGAGAAUGAUAUAGAAGGUACGGAAGAUGAAUGGCAAGACUUGAAUAAAAGGAAGAAAGAGUUGGAAAGUGAAGAAGAGGAAUUGAAGUUGAUUUUGGAAGAGAGGGAAAGGGAGUUGAAAGAGGUGGAAUUGGAGGAAGAGAGGGUUAAGAGGGAUGAAGAGGAGGUGGAGAGGGAAGAGACCGAAUACCUCCUCCACCACUCGGCCCUAUCGACCCAUCUAUCCCAUCUUCAACAUACUCUAUCUACCGCCCAGACCCACCUUCUACUUUCCAAAUCCCUUCUGGCCCACCUGGAAUCUACCAACGUAUAUAACGAUGCCUUCCAGAUAGGUCAUGUACCCCUUGAUCCAUCUUCCGGCAGCGGCAUGACAGUGGGGACGAUCAACGGGUUGAGGCUUGGUGGUAGACCGACUGUCGAAUGGGAGGAGAUUAACGCUGCGUGGGGGUUGACGGCGCUCUGUUUGGAUAGAGUGGCUGAUAAGGUCGGGUGUGUGUUUAGUGGCUACAAGAUCAUCCCCCUAGGUUCAUACUCCCGUAUCGAAGAACUACCACCUCAAAAAGGGAUAUACGAAUUAUACGCUUCUUCCGACCUAUCCCCAGCGAGAUUAUUACAGAAUAGGAGAUUCAACUACGCCAUGAUUGCGAUAUUGGAUUGUCUGAGGCAGUUGAUUGAUUUCGGGAAGAAGAGAGGUAAAGGUUGGGCUAAUAAUAACAUUGAGAUCCACAAAGACAAAAUAUCCAAUCAUUCCAUCAAGUUACCCGGUAUAUCCUCUAUGCCCCUCACUCUCCCCUCAAUGUCAAUAAUGGGUUUGGGUUCAGGAUCAACCACUUCCGCCAAUACCUCUUCAGGCAAUGUGGGUAACUCAUCGAGCUCUGGUGGCGGUGCGAAAGAGAUGGAUAAUACUGCUGAAGAAGGAUGGACGAAAGCAUGUAGGGCGGUGCUGGUGGUGUUGAAGAGGAUAUUGAUGGUUGAGAGUCAGAUGGAUAGAGGUGGUGUAGGGCAGUAA